AAAACGAAAGUUUAUUUUUUAAACGUUUUUAGGGUUUUUCUUUUGAUUAUUUGUUGGAUGAAAAAUGAGGCUUUCCUCAAAGUUUUCCUUCUUUUAUUUAAUGGGUACUUGAUAUUUGCUCAGUUGAAGUUUUGUUUGAUUGGAUUUUUUUUCUUUCUAGGGGUUUCUUCCGGAUCAACAAAUUGGGGGGAAUUUCCCGAAUUGGGAACUGAUUAGGGUUUUGAUCAGUGUAUAAAUGAGCUCAGCCUCUUGUUUUUGCAGUACUGGAUUGGGAGCUCUCUCUCUCUAUCAGUUUAGUUUCAAACAGACUGCUUAAGGGAAAUGGUGAUUGAAAAGCUCUUGGACAAGGAAGAAGAUUGCUCUCGUAAUUAAUCCCGUAGAUAGUGAUUCAAAAGCUUGAGGAUUUAGUUGUUUGCUGUUUGGGUUUUUAGUGAUUUUUAUGUGGUUGAUCUCAAUUGGUGGAUGGUUUUGGCAUUGGGUUAUUGUUGGGAGGAGGAGGUGAUGAUUCUUUAUUAUGCUGCAGAUAACAGAGAGGCUCAGAUUGUACUGGACUGUUUUAGUUUCUUAAAAACCCAUUUGGUUUAACCUAGUGUUCGAGCUACAAUUCUUGAUCAACAGAGCAUUUCUUUUUGGGGCAUACUUGAAGUAGCUUAGGGUAAGACAACAGUAGGUUUAGGAGUGAUUGAAGGUUUGUUGCGGUGAUUUUUGUCAUUUGAAGUGGUUUGUUUAGUGUUAGAUAGUUGAAGUGGGGUUACAUUUGAGGUUAGGGAGAUUAAAGAGCUUGGUGGGUUUAGGGCUUAUUUUUAGCUAUCAAGAGUGGCGGCGGAGUUCAUGGGGGAACAUUGAAGCUGGAAAUGUAUGCAGGGAUAUGGUUCAUGGAUAGGAGCAUAGUUACUGAUUGUUCCCUUUCUGGAACAUUGCUACUGGAAGAUAAUCCAAGCGUUUUUGCGUUCGGAAGGUAUUCUCGUUUUGUGUUCUGAACUUCUGUGAAAUGUCGCGUUGCUUUCCUUUCCCACCACCAGGAUAUGAAAAGAAGGCUAGGACUGAUAAUGUUGACUUGCUAAAUAAGGAGAAGCAAAAAGAGAAGAGUCAUAAGGAGGAGAAGAAGGACAAGGAGAAGGAGAAGGCGAAAGGUGAACAUAGGAAUUUGGAGCUGGAUAACUUAAAAGGAAGCAACAAAGAUGACCCUCUGAAUAAUUUUAAUAUGAAAACAUCACAUCCUUCUAAGGAGGGAAACAAGGGUGCUUUUGCUGAGGAAAAUCUCCGCAAGUGGAAGGACAUGGAGAAAAAUGGAUUUCUUCAUGUUGAUGAUUUUAAACCCCAUAAGUUGCCCAAAAUUUCUUCCUCUCAAUCGUUGAUGGGUAUUGGAAAGACAUUGGAGUAUUGUCAAGCUCCCAUUCCACUUACUUUAGAUAGCAAGGGACCACGAACCAGUCUUAGAGUCGAGAAUAAAGAAUGCAAGUUUAAUGAUAUUUUUGAAGCUCAGCUGUCAUCUGUCACCCCAACAAAGCAUUUAUCAUCAAGUGCACGAGCUAGUCAAAUCGAUGAAGUGUCUAUCAAGCCACCUCAUCCGGAUUCGAAGUAUUUGAACCAGGUACUUUCUGUGCUCGAAAUGGAAGAAUGGUCUGAUGUUGAUCACCAAUCAUGGCUAUUUCACAGUAUUGAACUUCAAUCAAAGAAACCCAAGGUGGGAUUUUCAGAGAUUGAUGAGUCACCGCAAGUAUGGGCAGAGGCUCUGCAGAUAGAGUCGAAUGAUAUUUAUGCUCUUCCAUACGUUAUUCCAUACUGAUUGACUUUAUUAGUGGGCACAUGGUUAACCUUUCUACACUGCAGCUGGGUUUUCCCCUUUGGGGGGUUGAUUCUUUGGUUUUCUAUUCAGCAUUCUUUUGUUGUCGAUCGCGAUUGUUGCAGUGAAUGUUUUUGAACGACUGGCAGCCAAACUGCUCUGGCACGGCAACCAUCACUUUGCUCUAUCAGGUCAUUCCACCUCCUGGAACUGUAGGCUGUGUAUUUGCAUCCUGGUACGAGACAACUAAUUCAUUCAAAUCUCACGAAGCAAUGAAAGCAACCGAAUGACGGUGCCUUAGGAAAAGGUAAUGUAUAAGCUUGUGCAUUCUUAUCUGAAUUGCUUAAAGCUAAGAUGCUCUUUCUAAUUGAGAUGGUGAGAGAAACUAGCUGUGGGCCCUUGCAAUUCCACUGCAAUUUUGAUUUGUAACAUAGAACUCUUAUAUUUACAAUAAAUGUAAGAUAGGGGGAAAGGAAAGUAGUGGCAUUCAUUUAUUCACCUCUCC